AUGCGCGCCAAGGAGCUGCUGGUGCUUCUCAAGGAGAGAGGAGUUGACUGCAAGGAGUGCAGGGGCGCAGAGAAAAGUUUUCUCAUCCAGAAGGUGCGAGAGAAUCUUCACCUUCCGGUCAAGAACAAGAUCAACCAGGAGAACGCAAAGGGCAAAGACGAAUCUGUUGACGAUAUCAUGGCGAAGCUCAAGGGCAUGCCGGGGAUGGAGAACAUCAAAGUCUAUGGCAGAGAUGAUAUCGAGAAGAUGGCCAAACAGUUUGGGAACAAGGGUGAUCUUUAA